AUGCUGGUAAGGAAAAGAGGACAGGAAGUGAUUUCUCUGAUGACACCAUCAAGCUGAAUUUUAAUUUAGCUCAACAGCAACAUGGAGAAAAACAGACCACAGUUCCCUACGAUGUUGAAUCAUUCAUGCAUAAAAAAUACAUAGAAACAAAACUGAUUACAAGCAAAUGUGAAGAGGAGAUAAAAAUUGGUAAGAUUUCAGGGAGGACCCCUCUUCAGACAAAACAGACAGAGCUGUCGUCUUUCAGUAAAAAACUUGAACAGCUCAGAAAAACCGGAGAAGCUUCAAUGAGAAUUAAAAAACUUAUUGAUUCUCUAAAUAUAGAACAAACGUAUUCUCAAAAGUAUCAAAGAGGCCAGAGGAAAACGAAUGAAUAUGAAGACAUCAUUAAGGGAGUUGAUUACCUUGACUGUUCAGAUUUUGAUUUGAGUAGUGACGAAAAGCAGCUUCAAGGUUCUGAACCAUUCCUUCAAGUCUAUUUUGAUGAAGAUUUAGGCUGGAUGAUUAACUGUGCUGAAGUCUUCCGGAAAGUACAGUCUGCAAAAUGUCGAUAUAUUUUAUCCAUUUUAUUUGCCGCGCAUAUAAAAGAACAAAUAUCAGAGUUCCAGCCGAAAAACAUUCCUUUGAUUAUUGAUUGCUGCAUGGAUUACGCUAUCAAAAAUGAAAACCACAUUUUCAUUUUAGAGCUUGUGAGGAGAUACAUAUUCGCUUUUGAUUUUAAUUUGCAAACACGUUUUGAAGGCAGGAAGAUAAAUUCUGUUGUUAUUGAAACCCUUUUGCAAGCAGCGAAAUGCAUGAUUUUAAACACCUGUCCAAGGCUUAGACAAAAUGCAAUCAGUCUAUCGUUCUGUUAUGAAUCUAGUCCAGGAGGUCGGCUUGUGAUGAUGAUGUCAUACAGAGGAAUUAUAGAGAUGAAAGACGGAAUCCCGGAGAAAGCCAUGGGGGUAAAACUCGUACUGUAUAAUUAUACACAACCAUCUGAUGAGGCUUAUACUGUAUUUAAUUCCUUUAUGGCUUCUUCCGCAAUAAACUUGCCUCUUAUUGCAGAAAAGGAAGCAAGAAAACUUUUUAAGAAGCAUUCCAACUUAACCCUGAUAUCAGCAUCCCCAUUUAAGUCAACAGGGUAUUUAACAGGAAAGCAUAGGGUUGUCGAAAAACUAUGUAUUAGUCUAUUAUGUCUACAUAAAGGAUUUAUACCAAUUGGAGAAAAAGAGUUUCCAAAAGUAAUCAAUGGGCAUGAUGUAGAUGUGCAGGAGGGAUAUUGUUCUUUGGGAAGUGGUAGAUCUAUAGAUUUUGGAGGACAUAUUCGGCGUGCAAGAGGAAUAAACACGCCUGGACAUGGAAGUAUUGGGGGUUUUGUUGAUUUGCCAAAUAAUGCAGUUGGUUUAAUAACAUGUGCCCACGUUGUGUUUUCAUCAGAUGAAUUGAUAAUACCAAAUAGUGAAAUGCAUAACAUUGUACUGGGCAAAGGGAUUGAUCUAAACGUAGAAUUUUUUGAUAAGAAUCAGCAUAAUUUUCAAGUAUGUGGCACAAUUAUUGAUAAAUGUUUUCCAUUAUCAUCUAAUAACAAUUCAGUUGAUGCUGCUUUGAUCAAACUUGACCCUACUGUUAAUGAAUUUGGAUUUCCCGUCACUGAUCAACUUUAUUCAGCAGGUUUUGACCCAAAUUAUCCGCCCAUAUUUUCUGGAGAAGUUGUUAAUGUACCAGAUCCUGACCCUGUUUUCAAAGUCAGCAACAGAAUACCAGAUAAAUCUGAUAGUGUCGUAAAAUACGGGAGUAAAACAAAAUUCACGAUUGGAAAUCUCUACUUUAAUGGAGCGCAUAUCCGCUUUGUGGACGAUACUGGAUACUUGCCAGACAAAACCAUUGCAGUUAUGUGCAACCAAAUUGAAAUUCAGAGCCUUCCUCAUGGAACGUUUUUUGAGCCUGGUGAUUCUGGAGCCUUUGUGUUUUGUAUUAACCCUGAUAAGACACUAAGCUGUAUUGGGAUGGCCAUAGGUUCUACCACCAAAGGGUCCUGUUUUGUGACGCCUAUGACCAGAAUUUUGGAUUCUUUUGGUCGUCCUCAUAGAUUGAAGCCAUGUUCUCCCUUGACCUCUGUAAACACCUCUACAGUGUCAGACAAUCCUUUAAGUUCAGAGUUAGCAUCUCAGAGUAAUGCUACAUCUGAUAUUAAUUUAGGAGAAAUACUGUUGAAAUUGCAAACUUCAAUAACAGGUAUGCAAUCGUCAAUAUCAGAUGUGCAAAACCAACAAAGAAAUAUUCAAUCUUCAUUACAGAGUAUGCAAACGGACGUUGGAAAUUUAAAAACGGAAGUUGGAAAUUUGAAAACGGAAGUUCAAGCAGAAUUUGGAAACUUAAGAACGGACGUCCAAAGGGAAGUUGGAAACUUGAGAAUGGAAGUUCAAGUAGAAAAUGAAAAUUUGAGAACACAAGUGCAAACGGAAGUUGGGUAUCUGAAAACUCAAGUUCAAGAAAUUAAAGAGGAAUUUCAGAUCAGGUCAACUGGAAGCUCGCCUGACAUCAAUCAAAAUUAAAAACCUUUGUAAUCAUCCUGUACUAAACAGUAUACAGAGUUUACAUAUAAGUUUACAGCUGAAACUUUGGUCAAUUUAGGGGAUUACUGA